AUGGAUGCAGUACAAAAAAAUGACAGCAUCAUCCUGAAAGGAACUGAUUUCAAAUCAAAACCAAUAUUUAAUCACUUUUCUAACUCAAUGUUUAAAAACCUAGUCUCUAAGUUCAUGAUAAAAUAUGGGGAAUCUGUAACAGGUGGACAACCCAUAAUUGGAAAAGAGAACUUCAGUUACACUUGUGAAGAUGAAAAUGAACUCAUUGUAAAACCGGUACCAAUUCCAUUGCAACCUUACUAUAUGCCAUUUUUUGAAACGAUAUUAGUAGUGAUUGGUAGUGACCAGAAUGACACCCUUGUUCUUACCUCUCCAAUAAAAGGGAACACACGGAGAGUUAAGGGGUUUUCCAAGGAGGAAACCGUAAUAUAUGAUUACUAUGGUAUGUUUAGAGUUUGGGCAACCACAAGUUCGUUUACAACUUUAGACUAUAAUGCGACCAAACUGAAAUUGAAAGAAGAUUGGUUCAAAGAUGUUCACUUGCGAAAAUCUAAUGUUGUUAAACUAUAUGUGGUUCCAAAUCCUUCGGAAUAUUUUCCAAUUCUUUUCGUUAAUUGUUCCAAGAAUAAUGUGAAGAAUCUCUACGCCAAUAUUACGUCUCUUUUAAGAGGUAGAAAUUUGCCCUAUUUUUACACUGCCUUAGGUUUUAUUAAAGCUAUUACUCGUCCUUUGAUAUUUAAUAUUGUAGAUGAGCGUCUAGUAUAUCGGCAACGUCUGUACAAUAUAGAUGUGACAGAAGAACAAUAUGUCCUUCGCCGAGAAGAAUUUUUAGAUCGAAUGAAGAGAUAUAUGGUGUCAGAUUGUGAAUGUCGUUCCAACACAGAGCUUAUUCUUGGAGAGUCACCAGAGCCGUAUUAUCCAUGGGCUUGGGCAGAAGUGUACUUUAACAGCCACGAACUUUAUUUUCUUGUUAAUGGUAUUUUCGUUAGUCACUUUUAUCGUAGUCCAUCUAACUUGCCACGUUAUUCACAAACACAUAAUGAGUGUAUUUGCAAAGUUGAAUCAAUAAAAAAAGAGGUAGACAAGGUCGAAAAUGCAAUUGACAAUAAACAUAAAUAA